AAUACACACAACUACCACCACACAAAGUGUAUGGGUGAAUAAAAUGGCGACGGUGUGUCUCUCGCAGGAAAUCCUGCGGAACUGGGAUAAGACUGGGCGGUCAGAAUUUGUUAAACUUUGUAAAGGAUUAACCGACAGCGACUCAUCAGUGAAACUACUUCAGAAAAAGAAUUUGAAGAGAGCCUUGUAUGAAGUGUGCUCUGCAGUAACCCGCAGUCAGUUGAAACUGGAAAAUGCUGUUAACGUCUUGGCUGACUUGAAAGAUUACCUACCCAGUGUGCCCUCUUCGCUGGCCGACAUUUUAGGAAUACUAGAUGUGGAGUCCAGUUGUUCAGAUGACACUUCUAGAGAAAAAUUUCUCAGUUUGGUCAAUGCUUUGAGACAAGUGGUUGUGCCUGAUGGGCUGUUGAAGGAAAGGUUGGAUCAAGACUCUCUGGAGCUAGCCGGGCUUGUGGCCUCUCAGCAAGGUUUCAACCAGAAAUAUGUCAAAACAAAGACUCGCCUGUACUACAAACAGCAGAAAUUCAAUUUGCUUCGGGAAGAAAGUGAGGGCUACUCAAAGCUGAUCACAGAGCUUAACCAGGACAUUACAGGCAAGCUCACAUGGGAGCAGGUCCUACAGAAUAUCAAGUCUCUGAUUGGCUGCUUUGACUUGGAUCCAAACAGAGUGCUUGACAUCAUAUUGGAAGCCUUUGAGUGUCACCCAGAGGAAUACAAGUUCUACAUACCUUUGCUGAGAGCCUACAUCAUCGACAAAUUGACCUUGUGUCAUAUUUUGGGCUUCAAAUUUCACUUUAGAGAGUCGACUGACUGGAGCACCCCAAAGUCUCUGUUCAAGUGUGCAGCUCUCUUGCUGAACCACCAGCUUGUGGACCUGGACGAUCUCUAUCCCUAUUUGCAACCUUUGGACUCUGAAAUCAUUCCAUUUCACAACAAAGAAGUCGCUGAUGCCAAAGCAUAUGCAAAAAAGCUGAACACAGUCAUAUUGUCUGACAAGAAGGAGGAGGACAAGGAUAAAGAUGAGCAGCAGAUUAUUGAUCUGAGAGAAAACAACCAGAAACUGGGCCUGUGCGAAGCAUUGUUGGAGAUUGGAGCCUGGGACAAUGCCAAGGCCAUCUUGGAUCGGUUACCGGAGCACUUUGCCGUGGUGCACAAGUCCAUCUCACAAGCCUUGUGUGCUCUUGUACAUCGAGUUAUUGAACCGUUGUAUGACAGAAACACAGGGCUGACCGCCACUCUGGCCAAGAAGCGAGACAAGCGCGAGCAGGGUCAGUGUGAGUGCAGCCGGGCACACAGCUUCAAGGAGGUGUUCCACUCCGCUCUGCCCAUGCUCUCCUACUUGGGCCCGCAUGCAGCCAGCGACCCCAUCCUCAUGGUGAAGAUUAUACGACUGGCCAAGACUUUCAUGAACAAGAGACAUUCAGGGGGCAUUGGGCCGGAGGACGAUGUCGCUUACUACGGCUUCCUGAAUGUGUUGGAGGAAGUUCUCCUGCCCUCCCUGGCCCUCCUCCCUGGGAACUGUGCCAUGGGGGAAGAGCUGUGGAAUCUGCUCAAGCUUUAUCCGUAUGAGAUCAGGUAUCGGCUUUAUGGCACGUGGAAAAAUGAAAGCUAUUUCCAGCACCCGAUCCUGAUCCGAGCUAGAGCUGACUGUCUGGAGAGGGCCAAGUACAUCAUGAAGCGUUUGUCGAAAGAGACUGUGAAGCCUUCUGGGAGACAAUUGGGAAAACUCAGUCACAACAACCCUGGCAUUGUUUUUGAAUACGUGCUGAAUCAAAUUCAACGCUAUGACAACUUGAUUGGCCCUGUUGUGGAUGCCCUCAAGUAUUUGACAUCAAUGUCUUAUGAUAUGCUGACCUUCUGCAUUAUUGAGGCUAUUGCAAAUCCCGAAAAAGACAGGAUGAAGACGGAUAACAUGAACAUUUCCAUGUGGCUUCAGAGUCUGGCCUCAUUUGCCGGAGCAAUCUGCCGCAAGUAUCAGGUAGAGCUGACUGGCAUCUUGCAGUAUGUGGCCAAUCAGUUGAAAGCUGGCAAGAGUACUGACUUGCUCCUGCUGAGAGAGGUGGUUCAGAAGAUGGCCGGUAUUGAGAUCUCUGAGGAGAUUACCGACGACCAGCUGGAUGCAAUGGCCGGUGGAGAGCUCGUCAGACAGGAGGGCAGCAACUUCUCCCAAGUGCGCAACACGAAGAAGUCGUCAACGCGCCUGAAGGACACACUGCUGGAGCAUGACCUUGCCCUGUCUCUGUGUCUCCUCAUGGCCCAGCAGCGAGACAGCACCGUGUUUGCUGAGGACGCCAACAAGCAUCUCAAGCUGGUGGGGAAGCUUUACGACCAGUGUCAAGACACCCUUGUCCAGUUUGGGAGCUUCUUGUCCAUGCAGCUGAGUACGGAGGAGUUUGUGAAGCGACUGCCGGCUGUGGACGUCUUGCUGUCUACGUUUCAUAUACCACACUCGGCAGCUUUCUUCCUCUCACGGCCACUCUAUGCACAUGCUAUCAAUGUCAAGUAUGACGAACUGAAAAAGUCUGAGAAGGCAGAGAAAGCCAAGUCCAAGACCAAGUCUGACAGCAAGAUCCAGUUUUAUAUUGAUGCCUCUGAGGAAGUAAUGCAUCCUAUUGUGGAGGCUAUUCAACCAGUAUUCUCUUCAAAGAUCUGGGAUGACUUAACGCCUCAGUUCUACAUCACAUUCUGGUCGCUGUCCAUGUAUGACUUGUAUGUGCCCACUGCUGCCUACCAGAAGCAGAUACAGCUGCAACAGAGCCAGAUCAAGGCUAUUGAUGACAACAGAGAUAUGCCAUCCAACAAGAAAAAGAAAGAGGUGGACAGAUGUAAUAUUCUGAUCGACAAACUGGAGGACGAGAUGAAGAAACAGGCGGAGCACGUGGCCAGGGUCAAGGCAAGGCUGGAGGAGGAGAAGGAACUCUGGUUUCCAACUGGCACCCUGAAGUCAGAGAUGACCACCAACCUGCUCCAGUACUGCCUGUUCCCUCGGUGCUGCUUCACCGCCAGCGACGCCGUCUACUGUGGACAUUUCAUCAAAGUCUUGCACGAGCUGAAGACGCCAAAUUUCUCCACCUUAAUCACAUACGACAGGGUGUUUAAUGACAUCACGUAUACUGUGACGAGCUGCACAGAGAAUGAGGCUCACCGCUACGGCCGGUUCCUCUGUAGUGCUCUGGAGACCAUCAUGAGGUGGCACAGCAGUCCAGCCAUCUAUGAGGAGGAGUGCUACAACUUCCCAGGCUUCCUGACCGUGUUCCGCAAGGGCACCGACUUGACCAACAAGAUGGACAGACUGGACUACGAGAACUACAGACACGUGUGUCACAAGUGGCACUUCAGGCUCACAAAGUCUGUCAUCACGUGUCUGGAGUCAAAGAAUUACAGCCAGAUCCGGAACUCCCUUAUUGUCUUGACCAAAAUUUUGCCACACUUCCCCCGCAUGACCCAGAUUGGGAUGGCUAUUGAGAGACGUGUGGACAAGCUCAGUAAGGAGGAGAAGGACAAGAGACCAGACAUUUACGCUUUGGCUAUCGGAUACUCUGGGCAACUGAAGAGUAAAAAGGUGGUGUGGGUCCAAGAGACAGACUUCCAUAUCAAAGAGCCCAAGAAGCCUGCAUCCAGCGCGGCUCAGCAACAGGCACAGCAGCAGAAACAAGCGGAGUCAGCGUCCUCUGGUGCCUCAGGGAAAAAGGGAGACGGAGACGGAAGAGCCAAAGACAUUAAGCAGGAGUCUGGAGGGAAAGAGGACAAGAAAGACAGAGGACAAAGUGGGGAUGUGGAGAGAAAAGAAAAGAAGGAGAGAGGGGCUGAGAAGAAGGAGUCCAAGGAGAAGAAAGAUGCCAAGCGUUCCAGCGGUGUUAAUGAGAGCAAUGGAGUGAGUGCGAAGAAAGAAGUGCUGAACAGCCCAGAUGGUCAGCAUGCCUCGUCUCGCCAGACGGCGAUGGAGAUGGAAGAAGACGGCGCGAGACACCCGCACCAGCACCGAGAGCAGAAGCCAGUGAAAGAGGAAAAGCCAAAGAAAAGUGAGCGCAAGGACCGAGAGGCCAGCAAGCUCGCCAAGGAGAAGGCACGGGAGGAGAAGAGGGAGAGGAAGGAGCGCGAGGCAGCGGCGGCCAUGAAGGAGGAAGAGCGCCACGUGAUGGGCCGGCCCCUGGACCAUGAGAGGGAUGACCGAGGAGGGAGUGGAGGUCACAUGUCCUCCUCAUCUGGCUCCUCGCAUCGGCGGAGUGCAGAGGUCUCCCCGAGGCAUGUUGAUGAUCGAGAGUCAAAGCGCCGAAGGCUGGAGGCUGGGGCCACAUCUCAGGACUCCUCUCUGGAGGUCAGGACCAAGCACAGGAAGAGCGCGUCCCCUGAUGAUGAAGGAUGGGAGAUGGAAAAAGAAAAAGAGAGGAAGGAAAAGAAGAGGGACCAUUCCAUGGAAGAGCACGACGCGGAGUUCACCAAGCGGAGGAAGAGCGAGGAGCACUACUCGGCCUCACGAGCAGUUCAUCGAUGGGGAAGACUCUCCAAAGAUAAAAACAAAAGAAAAACGAGAAAAAUCGUCCUCAAAGAAACAGAAAAAAUGAAGAGCCCUACUUAAGUAGCCAGUUGGAGGAUAUGGAGUGGGACAAGUUUGUCAGUUGGUCAACUGUCGUCGUCGUUGGACUUCCUCAUUGACGCCUGUUGCUGUUUUUGAACAAUGUACUGUUUUGUACUUGGCCUGAUUAUUUACUUACAUUGGACACCCCCCACACACACACACUCACACACACACACACUCUUUCCAACACUCAAUACUCACACUGAUGAUGUCACACACUCGCACACACAUUCAUGCACAAACAUACACUCGCACAAAAUAUGGGCUGUCAGUUUUGUUUAGUGUCAAGGGCCGACGCUGGCAGUGGUUCUGCUGGUUCUCUUUGCACUUGAUUGGUUGGAGUGAGAACCUGAAGCUUCUCUUUGUUUCCCUCCUGAAUGGCCUUAACGUUUGUGUGUUAUUUGUGGCUGUCGAAGUGUUUAUGUUUAUGUGUGCAUGGGAUGCGGGUGGGGGAGAGAAUGUUGGCUUUUUGAGAUUCUCAGUUUCAACUUUGUAGUGAGGAACUAGACUCUGUCACACACUGUGUGUAUGUGUGUCCCCGGGUGCAUUUAUUUGUGUGUGUGUGUGUGUGCAUGCACGGAUGAAUACCCUGGGUAGGUGGGGGGGAUCUAACUCCUGAUGUGUGGAUGUUCUGAUACUCGGUGCACAUAUGGUGUAUGGGCAGCUUCUUGGGUGGAUGAAUCGUCAAAUGUGGUGGGUAAAUUUGAAUGUUCAGGGGUGUUUGUGUCCAACCGACAUAGGUCAUUGGAUGAUAGGUCGAGUCUAGUAUUUUUUCUUCAACAGCCUGCCUUACAGGAGUAGGUGCUCUCAUGUUUUUAUGGUCAGUUGUUAUGGGUUGCUGUGACUGAGAGCCCUUAAGGAGAUUUUGGCUGUUACGAGGUUCGAGCAGAAGUAAAAGAAGCUUUUACACUUUGUA